AUGUAUAAUACUUCUCGCAAUGACAAUCAAGAUGAUAUUGAUCUAACUAUGAUAAAUCAUUCAUUUUUGUAUGAUCCUAAUGAUGCACCUAUAAGUACUCAUAUACCUAUUCUAAAACAUUUACAACAAGCUAAUCAAUCAUCGAAAAUUGUGUAUGAUCAAAAUGAAAGAACUAAUCAACUUGAACAAAUUUUAAAUUAUUAUCGACAAGAACUUAAACAAAAAUCUAAUACACAAUUCGAUUGUGAUCGUAAUUUAAUAACACGUCUUAUUGAUUUUAUUCGAUCACUAUAUUCUUCAAAUAAAAAAAAAUUGAAAGAUUUAGAUAUAUUAUUUAAUGAUAUAUCAGAUUUACAUGAUAAGAGAUUUAAUGAACAAAAAGAAAAAAAUGAACAAUUUCAAGAGGAAAUUUCAUAUUUAAAAAAAUUAAUUAUAACAUCAGACAAUGAAGAUAAUACUAAUAGAAAAAUUUCUCGAAUAAAUUCAAUAGUUGAUUAUGAAGAAUGGAUGGAAAUAGAAGAAGAAACAAGAAAACUUCAGAAUUUAGUUAAAAAUCAACAAAAUCAAAUCAAUGAACUUUUCAAACUUUUACCAUACCAAGAAAAUUUUCCACAUCAAGAUUCUUCAUUCAAAACGAUUAUUGAUCCUAGUAAAGAACCUCCUUUUAACACGCAACAAUCGGCUGCUUUUAAUGCUAAUGUUGAUAAUACUCUUGUAUCUAGACUUCGCGCUCUUGCUGAUCGACAACAAUAUUCAGCAAGUACGAAUGACCUUGAUUCUUCGUCUCCAUCAAAACAAUAUGGAUGUCCAAAAUGUGAACGACAAUUCUCAAGCAGGGAAGAAUCGACAUAUCUUGAACAUUUAUCGAAUUGUUAUAAAGAACCUGACAACAGUUUUUAA